AUGAUUACCGAUUUUACUAUUAUCUUUUGGAUCAGAUAUGUAAAAAUCUUAUUUGGUCAAUUGAAUGCUGUACUUCAAAAUAUGCUGACCACAACUAUUGAUUCUCCACAACAUAAGAGAGUGCUUCGAAUGAAAGAUAACUGGGAAGAUGAUUCUUUGUUAUCUACUAUUUAUCGAACGUAUAAAGCGAAUGAAAACCUCAAGAAAUUAAAGAGAGUCAAACAAAUCCAUUUGGAAUUAAUAAAAUGUGCCGGAAUUAUAAACGAGGCUUAUGGAUUACAAAUUCUUAUGUCCAUGUCUUCAUCCGUUUUUAUUAUCAUUAUUCAUGAUGUUAUGUACCAACUGGUUCAGAAUCGUUUGAAGUUUACAGCAUGCGUAUUGAUAUUAUGUCAUAUUUCUUUACAUGCGACAAAUACCGGAGAUAUUCUUUGUGAAUUGUACGAACCUUCAACUAGCAAUGAAUUUCGUGCUGAGAUCCGUGACUUUACAUUACAACUUAUUCAAAAUCCAUUGUCAUUUACAAUCUGUGGCUUUUUUGAUCUGGACUAUACAUUGAUACGUAAUGUGAUCGCUACCGUCAUAACUUAUCUCGUUAUUCUCAUCCAAAUGGGAAAUAUACCAUCAGAAUUUAUCGUUGAAAAUUCAACAUUAAUAACUAAUGAUUCGAGAAAAAUUUAA